AUGGCCUUCUACCUCUACCUAGUCGUUCUGCUAGCGACAUCUGCUCCUCUUGCUACCUCGGGUUUUAAUUUCUCGAAUAUCGCUGUCAAGGAGCACAUUGACGAACCCCCCCAGUCUUGGAAGAAUCUUGGCUUAGCCCCGCCUGAUCAUAUUCUGCAUCUCCGCAUUGCGCUGCCCCAGUCGGAUUUCGCUGCUCUAGAGCGGCACUUGUAUCAAGUCAGUGAUCCGGCUCAUGAGCGGUAUGGCGCUCACCUCACGAGAGAAGAGGUCGAAGCUCUCGUCAAACCUAAGCGGGAGAGUGUGAACUUGGUAGAAGAAUGGCUCACGAUGCAUGGUGUGGACAUCCACCGUGAUGUCACGCGAUCGCCAGCUGGAGACUGGUUGAAUCUUGCGCUUCCUGUUGGCUUAGUCGAAAUUAUGCUUCAUACGACCUAUCACGUGUGGACGCACGAUGACGGCAGCAGUCUCGUCAGAACGACGGAAUAUAGUCUUCCGGCACACCUCAACGACCACAUACAACUCAUACAACCUACGACCAUGUUUUCCCGUACACGACGCUUUCGGGCCUCAUUCAUCUGGGACGACGAAGGCAGCGCCAACAUAGUCGCUGAUGUCAUUGGACUUGAGUCAAAUUUCUCUUCGACUCAUACAGGAAUCGAUCCGGGCUGCCGCACGAGAAUCACAGUGUCGUGUUUGAAGCAGAUAUACAACGCUGUCGGAUACAACACCACUAGGGAUAACGGAAACCAGAUAGCCGUUACUGGCUACUUAGAAGAAUUUGCGAACAAGCAAGACUUACAUUCCUUUUUCGCUCAACAGCGCUCAGACGCUAUAGACUCUUCGUUCAAGGAAAUCUUGAUCAACGGUGGUCUAAAUUCACAGAACUUGUCUGCUGCUGGCCCCGAGGCGUCUCUGGAUGUACAGUUUGCAUUUGGAUUGACGUUUCCUACCCCGGCAACGUUCUACUCGACAGGAGGCAGGGCGCCUUUUAAACCUGAUCUGAAUGUCCCUACCGACAUGAAUGAACCAUAUCUCGAUUGGCUCGAUUAUGUUUUAUCCCACCCGAACGUUCCGCAGACGAUAUCCACAUCCUACGGCGAUGAGGAGCAAACAGUGCCCAAAAGCUAUGCUUUGAGGGUCUGUCAAGGCUAUGCUCAACUUGGGGCUCGCGGAGUAUCCCUUCUCUUCGGGUCUGGGGACGGAGGGGUAGGCGGUGUAGACCCUAAUCCUACCCAACUGUGUACCACCAACGAUGGUCGUAACGCGACCCGAUUCAUCGCCAACUUUCCGGCUAGUUGUCCUUUUGUGACUGCCGUUGGGGCGACACAGGGAUUCGCACCUGAGGUGGCGACGACGAGGUUCGGGAGUGGAGGUGGUUUCAGUGAUUAUUUUCAGAGACCAGCAUAUGCCGACGAAGCUGUCGCAUCCUUCUUCGAGCAAUUUCCUAAGGAUACGUACGCCGGUCUUUUCAAUCCCGAGGGUGCUCCGAUUCCUGAUGUCUCGGCUCAAGGAGACCUCUAUCUGAUAUUUCUUGCCGGCGUGCAGCGCUUAAUUGGCGGCGCGUCCGCUGCCACACCCACUUUCGCGUCAAUCAUUUCCAUGCUGAACGAUGCCAGAAUCAAUGCAGGAAAGCCCCCUCUAGGGUGGUUGAAUCCUAUGUUGUAUUCCAAGGGGUUUGAAGGUCUGAAUGACAUCCUCGUCGGGAAUAAUCCCGGGUGCGGGACCCAAGGUUUCAACUGUACGAGAGGUUGGGAUCCUAUCACCGGACUCGGGACACCUGAUUUUGCGAAGCUCAAAACGAUUGUAAUGGGCUUAUGA